AUGAGAGAGGAAACAGCAACAUACCUAUACAAUGGUCCAUCUAACCAGCUACAACAACCCCAACAACCCUCUGAGAUCCAAGCUCCGAUCCCUCAACCAAUUAACCCAUCAGUCAGUGGACCAUCGGGGACUCAUGAGAGACCACAAACCCUUCUUGAGGAACCAGAACGAGGGCUAAUCCUAGGGCAACAGAAGAAACGUAGAGGAAGACCCCCAUCCAAGGCUGCUGCAAUCUCGAAUUUGGAUCCACGACCCUCGUCAGCGGGACCUAGCAAACGAAAGACAAAAAAUCAGUUGAAGUCCCCACUGCUCCGCAUGUCUCCCCUAUCGAGAGUCAUCCACAAUAGAAACACUCCCCAAAGACAAAAUCAAAACCAAACAAGAGGAGAGACAAGUGGGCAAAGACAACAAGCGGAAGGACUUCCUCCUCGAGCAAGAAUUCAUAGACUGAAAGAGCUACAAAAGACAAAAGCUCCAGACAUCAUUUUCCUCAUGGAAACAAAAAACGACGAGGCUUACAUAACGAAACACUUACCUAUGGUGGAAUAUAGCAGUCGUUUCUUGGUGCCACCACACAGCCCUGGAGGAGGAGGACUCGCCCUGUUCUGGAAAUCUGAUAUUAACCUCUUGAUAAACUCCUCCUGCGAUAACUACAUCGAUACCACAAUCACCUACAAAGGAAACCCCUUCAUCACCACUUUCACCUAUGGCGAACCAGACCACACAAAGAGAAAGGCAAUUUAG